GCCACGCCCCUAUUCUGCAUUCUAGUGCAGCCCUGGUGACGCCUCCUCUGGCUCAGUCACAUAGCUGCGUGGUACGUGACUGGAGGCAUAUCAUUGUCCUUGCCUGGAUCACGCCAAUGUGGCCCCAACCCCACCUCCCCACCCCAUGAUGUCAGAAAAAACCCAACAGAGCAAAUUGGCUGAGGCCAAGGAAAAGUUUACAGGCUAUCAUCAGUGGAACAGUGCUUGUGUUGGUACUGGAGCAACCGACACCAAACAGAAGAAAAUAAAUAAUGACACUAACCCUGAGACAACCACUUCUGGUGGUUGCCAUUCACCUGAGGAUAAACAACAGAACCAAGCUCAGCUGAAAGAAGAAAAGAAGGUGAGCCGUCAACAUCAGCCAGCCCUAAGGAGGCAGCUAGAGGCCCAGGAUCAUACCGUACAAAUCCUUAUGUGUCAGAAAACUGAACUGGAGACAGUGCUCUAUUACAGCCAGGAUGCUGCCGGGAAAUUUGAAGGUGGGAAUCUGGGCACCCCAUCAUCCCUCAACCUCGCAUUUUCACAGGCCUUUAGGGGGAGUCCUUUGGGCCGCAUCUCAACCUCUCUCAUUCCAGGAGAGUCCCAGGAUCUGGCAGACCUCCUGCAUCAUUCCUGGCACUUUGAAGGAGAGUUACAGUGGGCCCUCUCCUCUGUGUCCACACAGCACAAGAAGGCAGACAGGUACAUCGAGGAGUUAACAAACGAGAGGGACGCCAUGAGUCUGGAGCUGUAUAGGAACACCAUAACCAAUGAGGAGCUGAAGGAGAAAAAUGCCAAACUACAAGAAAAACUUCAAAUCGUAGAAUCUGAAAAGUCUGAGAUCCAGCGCAAUAUCAAGGAGCUAAAAAGGAAGCCGGAGAAGGACAAAAUCCUGCUGCCACAGGUUCAAACCAACACUUUACAGGAGGAGAAGAUGUGGAGGCAGGAGGAGAAGCUUCAGGAUCAGGAGGAGAAGAUACGGAAGCAGGAGGAGAAGCUACGGGAUCAGGAGGAGAAGAUACGGAAGCAGGAGGAAAAGAUGCGGAGACAGGAGGAGAGGCUGUGGGCACAGGAGAAGGAGCUGCGGGAGCAGCAGGAGCAGAUGUGGGAGCAGGAAAAGGAGCUGCAGGAGCAGGAAAAGAAGAUGCAGGAGCAGGAGCAGCAGAUGAGGGAGCAGGAGCAGCAGAUGGGGGAGCAGGAGGAGAAGAUGUGGAGACAGGAGGAGAAGAUGUGGAGACAGGAGGAGAGGCUGUGGCAGCAGGAGAAGCAGAUGCGGGAGGAGGAGGACAAGAUGCGGGAGCAGGAGGAGAAGAUGUGGAGACAGGAGGAGAAGAUGUGGAAGCAGGAGAAGGAGCUGCGCGAGCUGGAGGAGCAGAUGCAGAAGCAGAAGGAGCAGAUGUGGAAGCAGGAGGAGCAGAUGUGGAAGCAGGAGGAGCAGAGGCCCAAGCUGGAGGAGCAGAUGCGGAAGCAGGAGGAGCAGAUGCGGAAGCAGGAGGAGCAGAUGCGGAAGCAGGAGGAGCAGAUGCGGAAGCAGGAGGAGCAGAUGAGGAAGCAGGAGGAGCAGAUGCGGAAGCAGGAGGAGCAGAUGUGGAAGCAGGAGGAGCAGAUGAGGAAGCAGGAGAAGGAGCUGCGUGAGCUGGAGAAGCAGAUGCGGAAGCACGAGGAGCAGAUGAGGAAGAAGGAGGAGCAGAUGCGGAAGAAGGAGGAGCAGAUGCGGAAGCAGGAGGAGCAGAUGAGGAAGCAGGAGGAGCAGAUGCGGAAGCAGGAGAAGGAGCUGCGCGAGCUGGAGAAGCAGAUGCGGAAGAAGGAGGAGCAGAUGGGAGAGGUGGAGGAGCAGAUGUGGAAGCAGGAGGAGCAGAUGCGCGAGCUGGAGGAGCAGAUGCAGGAGCAGGACGAGAGGCUGCGAUUGAAGGAGGAGAGGCUGUGGGAUCAGGAUGAGAAGAUGCGCGAGGAGGAGGAGAAGAUGUGGAUACAGGAGGAAAGGCUUCAGGAGCAGGAAAAGGAGCUACGGGAGAAGGAAGAGGAGAUGCAGAAGCAGGAGAAGAUGCAGGAGGAGGAGGAGAAGAUGCGGGAGGAGAAGAAGGAGAUGCGGGGGCAGGAGGAGAAGAUGCAGGAGAAGGAGAGGAUGGGAGAGCAGGAGGAGAAGAUGCAGGAGGAGCUGUGCUCAGAGCCCUGCCUCCCUCCCUCCAAAGACCUUUCUGAUAGGAGCCACCCUGGCAGCGUGGAGCCUGCACGAGAGGCCGGGAAGGGUUAUUCCCAUGACAACCGCACUGCACAGCAGAUGAUGCAGCUGCUUGGUGGAAGGAAGAACGCCCAGGAGCGCCCAGUCUUAGGCAGCACUUCCUGCAUCCCAUUCUUCUACCGAGGAGAUAAGAAAAAGAUGAAGAUCAUCAGUAUCUAAAAGCCGGCACUGUCAACAAGGCCUACAGAAGUGUAAGCCGCCGUGGAACUUUGUGAAUAUAGUCUGAGAACAAACUUGAAAAAAAGAAAAAAAAAAGAAAAUUUAUUUUAAAUUGUGGCAAAAUACUGGCUUGGUGCAGUCGCCCACACUUGUAAUCGCAGCACUUUGGGAGGCCUAGGCAGGUGGUUCACCUUAAGUCAGGAGUUCAAGACCAGCCUGGCCAACAUGAUGAAACCCCGUUAAAAAAGUUAGCCAGGCAUGGUUGCGCACGCCUGUCAUCCCAGCUACGCGGGAGGCUGAGGUUGCAGUGAGCCUACAUCACACCACUGCCUCCAGUCUGGGUGACAGAGUGAGACUACACCUCAAAAAAAAAAAAAAAGUUUCUACCUGAGGACUAUAAUAUCUAUGUACAUUUCUAUUGCUUUUUCUUGGUCUUUCUCAUUUAGUCUUGUGUUGUCUUGUCUUAUGGCAUGCCUAGUAAACUUUUAUCUGCC